ACCUAGCAAUAGGAAGAUGCACUUUGAGCCCUGCACAGACCAAACAAGCAUUUUACAAGAUUUCUGAUUUUAUUCACACCGUAGUUGUCUUUGAGUGAAUACAACAUGGAAAAAGAAAACCUGUCCGUGGUGUUGCAUUCCCAGGGUGACCUCAGACUGGAACAACGACCCAUCCCUGAACCAGGUCCAAAUGAGGUGUUGCUUCAGAUGCAUUCAGUUGGGAUCUGUGGGUCGGAUGUGCACUACUGGCAAAAUGGGCGCAUAGGUGACUUUGUGGUAAAGAAGCCCAUGGUGCUGGGGCAUGAGGCUGCUGGUCGGGUGGUGAAGGUGGGCUCAGCAGUGAAGAACCUCAAAGAAGGGGAUCGAGUCGCUGUAGAGCCAGGUGUCCCUCGCGAGAUGGAUGAGUUCUUCAAAUCAGGAAACUACAAUCUUUCCCCCACCAUCUUCUUCUGUGCCACACCCCCUGAUGAUGGGAAUUUGUGCAGAUUUUACAAACACAGUGCCAACUUCUGUUACAAGUUGCCUGACAAUGUGACAUAUGAGGAGGGGGCCCUGAUUGAGCCCCUGUCUGUGGGUAUUCAUGCCUGCCGCAGAGCUGGAGUGACCCUGGGCAGCAGUGUACUGAUCUGUGGGGCAGGACCAAUUGGGCUGGUCUGUCUGCUGGUGGCCAAGGCUAUGGGUGCCUCACAGGUGGUCAUAUCUGACCUGUCAGCAGAUCGCCUGGUCAUGGCGAAGGAGCUGGGAGCAGACUUCCCUCUGACUGUGAAGAGAGAGGAUGGGCCUGAGGAGCUGGCAAAGAGAGUGGAGGGAAUGCUGGAAGCACAGCCUCAUAUUACCAUUGAGUGCACUGGUGUGGAGAGCAGUGUCCAAACUGCCAUUUAUGCUACACGUCCUGGAGGAGUGGUGGUUCUAGUGGGGUUGGGUGCAGCGAUGACCACUAUCCCACUGCUUAAUGCUGCUCUCAGAGAGGUGGACAUCAGAGGGGUCUUCCGCUACUGCAACACCUGGCCAAUGGCUAUAGCGAUGCUGGCCUCUAAGAAGGUGAACGUGGCGCCCCUGGUGACCCACCGGUUCCCCCUAGAGCAGGCUGUGCAGGCCUUCGAGACCACACGUCAGGGACAAGGGGUCAAAAUCAUGCUCAAGUGUGACAAGACUGACCAGAACCCCUAAGAGGACUGGGAACACCAGGACCAAUAAGAGAGCCAGUAUAGACAACCACAGCGCUGUAGAUCUAACAGUUGAUUAUUGUUAUGUCUAUUUUUCUUCAUGUUAUUGUACACUUUUAAUGUUUGAUUUCAAUGUCAGAUUAUGUUCAGGUAUACAUCUUAAUCAGGUUACCUGUUGCCCAAACAGCAACUUUCACUCUUGAAAUGUGAUAUUUGGAGACGUUACUGUAUGAAUCUAAGUAUAUGAUUUGACAAAAUGUUAUGCUCACAGCAGCUUUCGCUUUCAUCAUGUGAUUUCAAGUUGCUUUUGAGUGGCAAAACUGUUAAGUACAGCCUUAGAAUCUUGUUAUAAACCAGAAUGAAUAGAAAUAUUGUACUUUAAUUUUUUGUCUCGUCCUCUCGUCAGUACCUAGCUGCUGCCACCAGGAGGAGGUAGAGACUAAUUCACACGUUGUAUGCCAAGUCCAGUGUGUUGCACAUACUGUAAUGCAAUCAAUCUCCUGUCCAUACAAUAAAUAUUUUAAAAAUGGAAA